UCGUCUGUCGGUGCUGGGGGUGUGCCGUCCAUAUAUCGGGUUGUGUCGAGGGAUUUGGAACGGUUCACGAUUCACUGCUCAAAGAAGCACAGCUUUUGCAAGCAAAAAGAACACAAUGCCAUCAAAGGCAGAAGAUAUCCUCAGGGGAUUUCAACUUAACUGGAUGAACCUGAGAGAUGCUGAUGAUGGCAAAAUACUUUGGCAAGGAAAUGAAGACCUUUCGCUGCCGGAGGUGGAGCACGAGGCGCGCGUGCCCAAGUCCAUCCUCAAGUGCCGCGCCAUCUCGCGCGAGAUCAACUUCACCUCGGCCGAACCCAUGGAGAAGUUCCGGCUGGAGCAGCGGGUCCUCUUCAAGGGCCGCUGCUUAGAGGAGUGGUCGUUCGACUUCGGCUACGUAAUCCCCAACUCCACCAACACGUGGCAGAGCGUGAUUGAAGCAGCGCCCGAGAGUCAGAUGAUGCCCGCCAACGUUCUCAACGGCAACGUCAUCAUCGAGACCCAGUUCUUCGACGACGACCUGCUGGUGUCCACGUCGCAGGUCCGGCUGUUCUACGUGUGAAGCCGCCGACCGCGGGCGUCCACCCCUCUAGUCAAUGCCGCCGCGGCGAGCGAGCGGCCGCCGCGCCUCUUGGACUGUCACGUGUCCGCCCGGUGAGCGCGCG